AAAUUGUUUGUCCAACUCUCUAUAAAUCUUUGGUCAUUUCCCAGUCCAAAUCUUAAUAGAAUCUUUGUCAACUUAUGCAUGGAAGACGAAAACUUCCCUUAUCUUUUCGCUCCUUCAUUUCCAUUGGCCUCGUUGAAUUCGCUGUCCCUUCUAGACCAACCCAUGCAAAACUCUCGAUAUGCCUUAGACAUUGAUUUGGCUAGUUCCAUGGUUAAUGGAGGAGAAAACUUGGUUUUUCCAAGUUUAUCGACGUUGUCUAGGAACAUGAAGGAAGAGGAGAACGUAAACAAAAUUAAAGCGAAAUCUGGAAGAAAGAAGAAAUAUAUCCCACCAAGGGUUGCUUUCCAUACCAGAAGUGCAGAGGAAAUUCUUGAUGAUGGAUACAAAUGGAGAAAAUAUGGGCAGAAAACUGUGAAGGAUAGUAUUCAUCCCAGGAGCUACUAUCGUUGCACGCAACAUACAUGCAAUGUAAAGAAACAAAUUCAGAGACUCGCAAAAGACACUGGCAUUGUUGUGACCACUUAUGAAGGCAUUCACAACCAUCCUUGUGAGAAACUAAUGGAGACCUUGAUUCCUCUGGUGAAGCAGCUUCAAUUUCUCUCAGAGUUUCCAAACCUGCCCAGUUUUUGAGUCGAAGAAUGAAAUCUUCAAGUGCAAAAUCAUAGAAGAUCUCAUUUAUGAUAGAAUGAUUCUAUCAAAAUUAGAAGUAUGACAUGAACUUGUGUCUAACAAAUAUGUCAAUGCUGUAUAGAAAUGCAAGUAAAAUGUAAGGGGUGUUAUGUAUUUGUACAAACAAGAAAUAAUAAAUAUUACAUCUGCCCC